CACUACCUGUCUUAACGCAAGUUCUAGUCACUCUGCGUUUCUUGGCCACUGGGUCUUUUUAUUCAUUAAUCGCCGAUACGUAUGCGACCAUCUCCACCUCAUCUGUGUUUCGGUCAGUCAGGGAUGUAUGCUCUUGUCUCAUUGAACAUCUCCGGCAUUUCAUACGUAUGCCAAGCGGACAAGAUGCCGACAUGACCAAGAAACAGUUCUUUCAAAUUGCAGGAUUCCCCAAUGUUCUGGGAUGUGUGGAUGGAACAUUCAUCCGUUUAAUGGCACCAUCUGAGAAUGAAGCAGACUAUUUGAACAGGAAAGGCUUUCAUUCACUCAAUGUUCAGAUGAUAUGUGAUGCGAGAUACAAAUUCAUCAACUGUGUUGCAAAGUGGCCAGGGAGUGUCCAUGAUAGUCACAUCUUCAGAGACAGCAGAAUCAGCAUUGCGUUUGAAAAUGGUAUAACUUCAUAG